CUGUAAUUCUCACAUGGGUCAACCUUCCGCCGUGGCAAAGGCUGGGAAAUGGCCGCGUUUUUGUUGUAUCUUAGGUUUCCAUUGCUAAUACUUACCUCAGCCCUAAUUUUGAACAGAGCUCGGGGCGAGCUUUUUACGGCCUUAGUCGAUCUGGAACAGUUGGUGUAUAGAGAACGAGAAUUAAGAUUUACUUUAGAACAAUACGUGAAUUUAGAACAAGAAAGGAUUACCAAAUUGAAGAAGUUUCUCGCUCGAGUGGAUUCCGCACACAAUCUGGUAGGAGAAGAUGUACCAAGGUAUUUAGGACAUCCUGUAAAUUCUUAUCUCCAGAUCAGGAGAUUAUAUAAAGAUUGGCCUGAUGCAGAGAAAUUGAUUCAAAUCGAUAAUUCUGAGGGUAAGUCGUGUGUCUUGUAUAAAAUGUCUAAUGAUCAAACGAUCGUCAGUUCUAAGACAGCAAUUGUUUGAUAUCGUGAAUUGUCAAGCCAUUAACGUGUGUCUUAAGAAACAGCUGUAAAUGUUUCUCAUUUGAAUCGCGAUGCAGCUGAUGUCAAUAAAAAAAAUAUAUACAUCCAUUAUCGCCAAAUUCGAAAUAGUGAUUCAAUCGAAAGUAAAAUUGGGACAAUUCAGUGCUCUUUGUUAUGAGAAACUUUGUUAAAUUUUUCAUAAAGUAUGAUAUUAGAUUUAAUUAUUUCUUUUGGAGUAGUAUGACUUUACACAAUCAUCAAAACUUCCUUUUGAUAGAAACAUGAAAAUAUUCUUAUUCCAAGCUAUUUGUAUAUGCAAAUUAUCAAUUUCUUGAUUCACAAUUUUGCUUUAAUGGGAAUUAUAAUAUCUAUUAGAACAUCUUUGGGCUUUUGAUCAAAUAGGGUCCAAUCACAUGAUAUUUUUUAUUCAAAAGUUAAUUAAUGCUGUGAUCUAAUUUAUUUCUAUAUUUUGUAAGCAAUAAUUAAACUUUUGCCUGUAUGUUCUUGAAAUGAAAACUUUCAAUAACAAUUUUGAGGCAAAUGCCUUUUUAUUGGGGGGGGGGGGUGGGGGGGUCUUCAGUAACAUGAAAUGAUAAGGAGGAUAAGGAGUAUUGCCACUCCCCUGGAAUCAAAGCUGGUCCAUUUCCCUCCUCAGUAUUGCACCUAUGAAUUGCAUAGUUGGUUGGUACUAAUUUAUACACUUUACUCCUGAGUAGAGAGGGGUUCAGUGAUAAUAGUGCCUCCUGCUUAAGAACCCAAACACUGACCCAGUCAAGGACAAAACCUGGACGACUCGAUGCAGAGUUAAAUAUGCUCACCAUUUGGCUAUGAAUGUUACCAUGUAUAGUUUUAACCUUUCCACUCCCACGUCUCAUUAGUAAUUCUCCUUCCUGUCAGCGAUACAGUUCUUAAGGUGUUAGCAUGGAGAAUUUGUUAUUGGAUCAACUAAUAAUCCCCUAAUAUUGAUUUUUUUGUUUAUUCUCAUCACUAGCCUGCUUGAUAAUGUAUUGAUAUUUUAACCCUUUAACUCCCAAGAUCUAAUUGUUAAUUCUCCCCUCUAGCUGCUACACAUUUCCUUGUAAAUCAGUUAUGAGACCUUGGUGCCAGAUCAGGAAAGCAGCUUCUACCUGAUGAGUUUGAAUAUUCUCAUCACCUGUUUGCUGAAUAAUGUUAAGGAUAUUGUAGGGAGAAGUUUUAAGUUAAUCACUUCUGGGAGUUAAAGGGUUAAGGGUGUACCGUGAGUGCCGAGGGUCAGCUAUAUUCUACAUUGAUUCUAGCAUCAAUGUGCACAUUCUCUAUACUCUUUUCUAUAUAUUCCCUAUGGUACUGAAAGGAGAAUAUUUUAAACAGUCAACAACUUCUUUAGUUGGCAAUAAUUUUCUUCAUUUUCAUGUCUUUAAUGUUUGAAUUAGUGUCAAAACCAUCAGGACAAAUUAGAUGCUAGUCACUCUUAGGGUGAAGGGAUCAAAUUAGAUGGAAAAAAUCCUUGAUCACCAAUUAACAUGAUUUAUGUAAUAAUUAGUGGGAGAAAUUAAAAUGCUUAUUACUCUUCUAUGUCUGGCAGCUGUCAGUGAUGCCAUAACCAAGCAUAAAGAGGCACUUUCAUCGAAAGAAGAUUAUGAAGGAGCAAUCACUGCCCUCCUGCGACUUCAAGACACCUACCAAAUACAACCGUCAUCAUUUACAGAAGGCAAGCUGACAGACGCUGUCCCAUCACCCAAAAUGACAGUUGGUGAGAUUUAUGAUAUUGGACGACAUGCUUAUUUGAAUGGCGAUAUGUUUUACACAAGGUCAUGGAUGGAGGAAUCACUGAGACAAUACAUAAAGCAACAGGAUGAUUUAGAGGGAGUUAAUCUCUUUGACAUCUACGAUCACCUCGCGUACUCUAAUUACAAGGUACACAACCUGCUACAUAUGAUUUAUUGAGUCUACUAUGCUCAAGAAAGCAUAAACGUACCUAAAUCUUUCAUGGUCUUUUCAGAUGCAAAGUGAUGAUUCAUUUGCAGAGCUAUUACCUUGUGGGUCUAGGAAAGCUAUGAAUGCCAGAAAUGUUUCUGUCACCUUAUUUUGUUGUAAGAGUCAUCAGAGAUUGGAUUAAUAAACAACAAAUAUCAACAAUAGCUGCAAUCAUUUUUCAGUUUUUAUCUAUGCUGGCAUUUCCCCACCUUUAUUGUAACAGUUAUGAUUGGGCAGUACACAAUGGAAUUGUGGGUAUCAAAUCAAAGUGUGAAUUGUUUUCUGAAUCUCACAAUAAAUUCAUUUAUUUAUUUUCUGUAAGUUUGCAACCUUGGCACAAUUUGCUGAUAGCUUUGUCUGUGCAUGUUUCAGCGAGGAAACAUGAGGAAGGCAUUAGAGUACUCCAAGAAGAUGUUAGAGCUUGGUGAGUUACACUACCACACUCUGACUACAUCUAUGGGAUUCAGGCAAAGUUUAAUUCCUGUCUUGAAAUAUAUAGCCUAAUUAAGCUUUUCAUGUCUAAUACUUGGCAAUUAUCUCCAUUCUAAACCAUCACUGUUUCUUUUGGGUUAAUUCUAAAAUCUUUGGAGUUACUCAAGAUGUUGCUAUGUUUAAAUCAAAGACAAUCCCUUGAUUGAAGACAUUUCCUUUAUGAUUUUUAAAAUGAUUCAAAAUAACUAUUUGAAACACAGAUCAUAAAUGAAAGUUAAAGUGAAUAAUUUGUUAUCAUUUUUCUAGCAUGUUUUUUAAUAUUUUUAUAGAUCCCUUGCAUGAACGAGCACAAGGGAAUGUUGCUUUCUUUGGAGAAGAAGUGAAGAUGUACAAACAGACUGGUCGCCGAGGAGAUACUGGGAUUAUCACUGACACUAAAGUAAAACCAAGGAGUGAGCGUGACAACUGGCACCGAACAUCCUCCUUCCAAAACUAUGAAAAACUCUGCAGGGGAGAAGUUAGAAAUUUGGUGAGUAGAUUUGAAGAACAACAAUGACUUUUGUCCUAGCGUUGCCAAUAACACUUAGAGCAAGGAGUAUUGACAGAAGGAUUCUACACAAACUGUUUGUCUUAAGAGCAUUGCAAGUUUGCAUAGAUAGUAUCUUCCAACUCCUAAUUUAACUUUCUAAUUUUCUAUUUCAUAGACUGCAUGGGAACAAAGUAAAAUGUUGUGCUGGUACUAUAGUGGUACACCAAGAUUAAGAAUCCGGCCAGCAAAGUUUGAAAGAGUGUUUGUAAAGCCAGAAAUUAUAAUAAUGCGCCAAAUCCUAACAGUGCCAGAGAUGAACAAGAUAAAAGAGUUGGCUGCACCAAGGGUAAUGUACCAAAGUUUUUCGUAAUAGUUCUUUUUUUUAUUUGUAAUUGAAUCUAUUUUAAUAUGAAAGAAACAACAGCUCAGUGCAGUAUUCUAAUCUGCAUGUAAUUCAAUGUUGUAAAGGAAAAUUCAGAGUAGUUUUUGAGUAAAGGAGAUAAAAGUAUAUUUGAAACAGAGGAGAAAAAGGAAUUUUAUCAGCAUUGGUUCAUGAAACGCUCAAUUUUUCUGAAGCUAGUAGCCUAUUUAAGACAUAUUCUAAAUUUCCAAAUUAUGCUUUGUGAUUUUCAUUAGUUCUUGUCCAAAACUUAAAUCCGCUUUUCGAAAUAAUAAAUUUGUCAAACACACAAUCUUAAUGGAUAAAAAGGAAGGCAUAUAGACUGUUAGGGAAGGCCUGUGGCUGAUUAAUUAUACAGUCAUGUAACUGUUAUCAGCACAAGUAGGUACAAUUUUAGUUUGUGGCAGUAUCAGGAUUAGUGUCAGUUGGGUUAUGAACAAUCUUGCCUCAGAUCAUAAUGACAAGGCUUCUUUGUAGGCCAUUUCCAAGCUGCUUCUCAGCCCUCAUGUUUAAAUGAGAGUAGGGGUGAGGCCUUUGAAUUGAAAAUGAUAUUUUUUCUCAUUCAGAUAAAACUUUUCUUACAAGAUUGGUUUAGCACCUUGCAAUAGUUUGAAGAAUGUUUUUCCAGAACUUGCUGAUGACCUUUUGGAAGCAUCAGUAAUUAUUAGCUUAUCUCUCUUCUGUUAUUUCACUUGAGGCCAAUGUUGCACAUGUUGGUCAGCUAGUUCAAACUUUUGAUGAACAGUUCAGGAGGCUUGUUAAUUUUUGGAAGGUUUAAAGGUUCAAUUUUUAUGCUUAAGUUUUGUUAUACACCAUGGCUCUUGGGUGACCUCAAUGUUCCUUCAAAAAAAUAUGUUGGGAAAAAACAAUUUGUCUUUUUGUGUGCCUUAGCCAAAAACACAGGGCUUGACUUUUUGCAGAUUUUUUUAGACAGUUUUAUUUCGAGGAUCAAUUUUUCACACAUUUCUUCCACUAGUUGAAUAUGCAAAUCAUAUGAAAUAGUGCUUUCAGUAAAUGUUGAAAUAUUACCUCUACCAGAAACAUUAUUUUCUAUAAUCUAGUACAGUGUAUGGCUGAUAAUAGCUGCCACAUCAGUAUUAUUACUACUAACAUUAUGCUGAUUACACUUGUUGUUGAUAUCUGUGUAGUGGAGUCCUUCCUUCUUUCCUAAGUUUAAACAGCAAUGACUGCUAGUUAAUUAAGAGAUACAUGCAGUCAUCAAUCUCAUAGGAAAACUAACCAACCAGCUUCCACAAACAAUACAGAGUGCUUUCCAAAUAAGUGUUAUAAAAACCAAAAGCAGAGUAAUAACAAGAGCCGACUAAAAGAAAGGAAAAUAUCUUUAACCCUUUAACUCCCAUGGGUGACCAAGACAGAAUUUCUCCUUACUAUAUCUAUACAGUAUCAUGCAGACAAGUGAUGAGAAUAAAGAAAAAUAUCAAUUAUGGAAUUACUAAUUGAUCUGAUACAAAAUUCUCCAAACUAACAUUGUGGGAAUCAUUUGGCGGACACUAAGGAGAAUUACUAAUGAGAUCUUGGGAGUUAAAGGGUUAAGAGCCAAUGAGAACUUAAACUGAAAUAACCAAAGUACCUCAAGUGUAGGAAAAUGCAGGUGGGCAAGUCAGGAUUUGUUUAAGUUGGGCAUCUGAUUAUUUGAGAACUUGGUGCAACUUUUCUGAACCAACCACAGAAUGAAGUAUAGCAGAACAAAAGCAGUCAUGGAUUUCUAAUGACACUGAAUUGAAAAUGACUUUAGUAAUGUUCGACAGACAAGCAUUUCUUCAUACAGGGUGGAUGUAACCUUCACUGAUGAUGAAUGCUAAGGUUUUUGAAAUAUCAGAUACUGUUUUAUUAUAAUUGUAGACAAGAAACAAUCUUCUUUCAGGACUAUCUUCUCUCAGACAGUCACACCAUACAGGUUUACUACAUCAUAAAUGAUUGUGUUAUUGAAUUUCAUAUAAUCAGCUCCGUCGUGCCACUGUUAGAAGCUCCAAAACUGGUUUGCUAGAACAUGCUAAAUAUAGAGUGAGCAAGAGGUAAUUCAUGCUGUUGUUUGGUAAUCAAAAACAACUUUUUACACUUGUUACUAAAUAUGUACAUGAGUAUCUUACACUUAUCUUCAAUUUACCUGUUUUCCACAAGUUUUACGUUCAAAAUGCUGGGCUGCAACUGACAUCAUCAGAUCAUCAGCAUCACAAAAUUAACUUUUAAGGAAGUUAAUUAGGAAAUUAUUCAGAGUGUUCCGCUAAUACAUGCUCAUACUUUUUUUAUUAUCCUAUUGAAAAAAGGUAACAUAAAUUGCGUGGGCUGUGUCACUGAGCAAAAUGGCCAUCCUUUGAAACUUCAGAACUGUCAUUCAAAUGUCAGUCAAAUGAUUCAUUGUGGAUAAAAUAUCCAGCAUCGAGUUAGGUGGUCGUAGUUGAUUUCAAAGGAAUGCUUGAAUUUGGAAUCUAGCAAAAAAACUGGAUGUCAUUAUACUCAGAUCAUAAGAAUCGUUCGUUUGAUGUGAUACUGCUUGUUGAGUUGUGUAAGAUGGAUUUGACUCUGGUGUGUUAAUGUUGAACUUCAGAUAAAAGCUAUGAAGCAGUUAUUAUUAUGUGAGGCAGAAGUACAUGUACAGUCAUUUAUGCUAAAGAGCGUGGUUCUUAAAAUUAAACCCUUUGAUCUUUACCAGUCAUCAUCAUCUAAUUUCUCCCAACAAUAUCGCCCGCAUUUCAUACAUGAAAGUCACGAGAAUAUAGGAAAUGAUCACCAACUUGAGGAGCUCUUGAUUGUUAAUCACAUUCUCCUUGUCAACACCUCAGAAAAUCUGUAGGGAAUAGUAUGGAGAAUAUGCUUAUUGAUGUUGUGGUGUGAGGUCAUUCAGAGUGGAGUAAUUGAGCAUAGGUCAUUUCUAUCAGUGCGUGGAAAGCAGUUCUUUUUCUUGAAAUAAUUAUCUUACUUUGUUUUACAAUGCAUACCAGCUGAAAUUAUUGAGAAUCUUUCCAUGAUGUGGUUUUCAAAUUCAACGUGACAGAAUGACCUAGAUAUUUUAAAGCAUUCCAAAAAUUAGGUGCUUAGUAAAAUAAAUCGCGUUUAACCAGGUCUUCACCCGGAGUGUGGUCAUAUAAAAGUUGUUGCUUUUUAAUCUGUCGUCUGUUGCAAGACUUGUCUUUAUUCCAAGACUGAUAACUUUUCCUGUCGGGAUAAAACUGACAUUUGUACUGCAACCACAACUUCUUGCUUUUAAUUGCAUUUUGUCCAAAUUGUGUAGUUUGAACGUGCAACAGUAACUCUCGAUGAUGGAACGUUAGAGACAACUGAAGAUAGAGUUAGUAAGAGGUUUGUGGACAGCGUGUUCAAAUUUUGGAUGAAAAUCAGUAUCUGAACAAUUGUACACUUACCCCUCCCCUCACCCAGUCAAUGAUAACAAGUUAAGGGUUAAUUUUGGGCUUGGGGAGAGGUAGGUAAUUUUGGGUUAGGGGAGGGGUAGGUACACAGGUGCUCAGAUAUUGACAUUGAUCCCAAAUUUUAGGCAGCCAUAUAGUAGACACCUUUAUUUCAACACGGGUGUCGAAAGAAAUUUUUUCUUUUUGUAACGGCUGCAAAUCAAGUGUGGAUUUAACUGAAUUUCUCAUAGAUGUCGAAUACCUUUUUUAAUCGUGUUUAUUAUAACAAAAUAUUGGACUAGAAAAAUGUAUUUUCAGAGAAGCCGUUCGUAAUGAGUUGAAGUGAGGUAUAUAUAGCUGAAGUUUCAUUCAGUGCUCACUGUAUAUUGAUUUUUCGUGUUCAUGACCUUUCAGAUUAUGCAGACUACUAUCAAUUUUUCAUUACUCCUAACCCAUGUUCCUUCAAUAACGCUGAAAAAUACGUUGAUCAAAAUACGCACAUAAUACGCGUAUGAGUGUCGGCGUACGGGCGUGUAAAUAUAAGCGAAUACGCGUUUAAGUUGCGUAGAUACACACAUAAGCAUGCACGCGUCUGUGUCACUAGUAUGUAUGAGCCAGCUAAUUUUUUUUCCAGUGUUGACGGGUAACUGUUAUUAAGUAUGGACUGGCAGCCCUAAAAUACUACACGACUACGAACUAUAAGUAGAUUUGUUCUUUUCAAUCCUUACAAGGCUGUGCUCAAUGAUCUAACAGAGCACUCUAACAAGAAACACUCUUCAGUUUAAAUAGAGAUAGCAGUUAUUUUUUUUGUUUCGAAAAAAUUGCGGUUUCCCACAAGGUAUUGAAACCCAGACCUUCUGACUUUGCAAUCGUGUGCUUCUUCAACUAAACCUCAGGGAGCUAUAUGUGAGCUCGGCAGUUAACUAUAUUCAUGUGCGACCAGCGCAGCGCGAGGAGAAGCAAUUUCAGAAGCACGGUGUGUAUAACGUGGCGAGAAAUAUCAGUUGUUUAUUUUGGAGGUGUUUUGUAUUUAAGUUUUGUUCAGUUACUGUUCUGUAAAUUGAAGGUGGCUCUCGAGCUCUUCUGGUAAUUACUUUUUCUUUAAACUUUGUGAGUUUAUCGAGAAUCAGAAUUUUUUUGUCAUCAGUUUUAAACCAUUAGGUUUGUUGGUGAACUCUAGAGAACAUUUUUAAUUGUAAGGGCGACUGAGCUGUAGCCCCCCCAAAAAAGCAAAAUUACAAAGGCCAAAGGUCAACACAAUUGAAAAAAACAAUUAGUGGGUGGGAAAGGGGAAGAAAGAAAGGAAAGAAAAUUUGCAUCACGCCGCGCUAAGCGCGAGCAACGCGCAACCAACGUGAAGCAGGAAAAAAUAAGGAACCAUUGAGAGGAGCGGGUGAACGUAAAAUUAUCGCUAAGCGGGGGAAACAUUUACCGGCGUCAAACGCGGGAAAGCUUGUAACCGACGUCAAGCGCGGGAAGAGAUGCACUCAACUUCAAGUGCGGGAAAACAUAUAAACGGUGUCAAGCGCGGCGAAACAUGCAAGGAACGUAAAGCGCGGGAAAACACCCAACCAGUGUCAAGCGUGUGAUUAUGCGUAAUCAGCGCCAAGCGCGGGAAACACAUUUGGCGGAUUCUCUGCUGGGUUGGGUUUGCAUAUGACGGACGUAGGAGGUGGCGCGAAAAUUCUAGGCCAAUUAGAAGGUGUAUUAGGGGAAACUUGAGCAGCUUGUCAUUACUGUCGAUUCUCAUUUGGAAAUCACUCACUAAAAUAAUCUAACUAACUUGUUUUAUCUGUAAACGUUUCCAAACAGCUUCGUCGUGCGACAAUUCAACAUCCAGUCACGGGAAACCUUGAAUUUGCGUCCUACCGCAUAAGCAAAAGGUUGGUUCUUGCUACUUUUUGGGGACAACUUUAGAACAAAUUCGUAUGAUCAGUCGAUCCUGUAUUAAGCGGCACCGUAUUCUUAAAGCAGUCACCCUGUAUUAAGCGGUCGGUUUUCAAAGUGUCGUUUUUUCUUUCCCGUUAUACUAUAUUUAAAGGUCGUGGCCACCCUUUACUGAGUCUCAACGACCUGUUUGUUGUACUGUUUUCCACCUGUUUUGAACGUUCACUUAGAGCACAGCUACUCAAAUAGAACUAAGAAUAAUCUUUCGAGUAAAAUUUAUUCCAUCUUUAUCUCAAAAUAAUCAAUGUUAGUAGUAUUUUUGAGCGAGUGUUUGUACAUCAAAUGGCAUUUAUGGCAUAAAAUGGUGUUUUAUCAUCGUGUCUCAUAGUACCCCUUAUUCAAUGGAACUUGUAUUAAACUGUCAACUUGUAAUAAGCCGUCACCCCGCCAUUCUCCGCGAGUGACCGCGUAAUAAAAAAUAAAAAAUGCGCCAGAGUUAGGAAAAUGAAACAAGUAGUUUAUACUUCAAUAAUGUAUUUAACCGUCAAGAUUCAUGGAGGUGUAAAACUUCAUGGCUUACUAAGUCGUUACUGACACUAAUUUGAUUGUUUCCUUUAUUUGACGGACUCUUUUACUUUCAAAAGUAACCUCCUUGUUUGCGUGUUAUUUAGAAACGUAAUGCUUUAUAAUUUUUCUUACAUAGCAGUUAGACAACAGCUGUCUCUCUUGAAUGAACCACAUAAACGACCGAUCUCGUUGGAUUACUAGUGUAAAAAUUUUCUCAAUCGAUAUUUCAACCUCCUAACUUGCAGGCUUCUCCCUAACCAAAGUUUAACCCUUGACUCUAAAGAGAAACAAUUAAAUCCACACUAAUUAAGCUAAACUUACGUCGCUGUGAUUUUAUAGCUGAUUAUUUUAACUUAUAACUGAAAUUCUGUUGAUCAAAAAUUGAAAUAUUUCUUUAAACCAGCGUGUUCCCUUAACACAAUGUACAUAGGAAGCCUUUAGUUUAAAUAACCAUUAUCGUUUGAAUGACAUUUUAUUGACAGUACUACAGUUUCAAGGCCGUUCGAGAUUCUUUUCCUCGUUAUCUGUCCAAUAGAGGGAUGAAAACUGUGAACUUUAUCGAAAUUCGAAACUUUAAAACUUGUGGAAACUUUGAAACUAAGGAUGCUCUGUUAAAAGAAUUUGUUUUUUUUUUUUAGUUUAAUUUGAAUAUCUUUCCUUUUUUCAUCGGUUUAUUUCCUUUUUCAAUUUGAGUUUACAUUUUUUCUUCCUGUCUAUUUUCUAUUUAUUUACUUUUGUUUGUUAUUUUUUACUUUUUUACAUUUUGUAAGUGGCUGGUUGAAAGACACUGACCACGAACUUAUUAGACGAGUGAGUUUGCGCAUUGAAGAUGUAACAGGCUUAACGAUGGACACAGCUGAAGAACUACAGGUAUGUGCAACCUAUUACGUAGAAUUGAAUUUAGGAACCAUUGCCAUUAUCAGUAAAAUGCUCCCAUUAGGAUACUCAUCCCAAGUCAAGCAUACAGAUGUCAUUGGGAAAAAUAACUUCUAGAUCUAGUUUGAUUUAGAGACCCAUUCUUUUUACUUGCUUUAUGAAUGUUUUUCUUGCAGAUUGUAAACUAUGGUAUUGCUGGUCAUUAUGAACCGCACUACGAUUUUGCACGGGUAAGUAUUCGUUUAUUUAUGUCUGUAUGAGAGUAACUGCACACUUACCCCUCCCCUGACCCAAUAACAGUCAACUGAUAACAAGUGAAAAAGGGGAAGGUGCGUGCUUGCUUAGAUACUGACAUUGAUCCGUAUUCUUUGUCACUUAAACUCCCUAACGUAGAACUGGACUCGCAGACGGAAGAAUGGUGGAUCGGACGACGGACUUACUCAGCGUUUUUAAAACUGUUUGACAGACAAACGGAAGAACUGACUAACCAACUGACUGGAUAUCUUUUUUGUUAUUCAUGGAUACAUCGUUUCUCUGUCUAUUAUUUUACAGAAUAAUGAAGACAAGUUUACAUCUCUUGGCACGGGAAACAGAAUCGCCACCUUCUUGGCUUACGUAAGUCACCAGUCCUUUUAGAGUGCUUUUCGAUUGAGUGUCGUAAAACAAAAGCAAAGUUAUCACAGCAGCUAAUCAGAAUGAAGGAAAAUAACUUUACGAGCCAAUGAGAACUAAAAGUUAAAGCAACCAAACUGCCUAAAGCGCGGGAAAACGCGGGCGACCAAGUCGCGAUUGGUUUUAGUUUGCACCUGAUUGGUUGAAAGAGGGGUACAAGUUUUCUGGACCAAUCGUAGAGCGAAGUAAGGAAAACUAACGCAAUCUCGGAUUACUUUCGAUUCUCAAUUGAGAAUUGCCCUGAUCGUUCAUUGCUGGACAUACUUCAUCGUGCUUUACAUUUGUUAUUUGUUUGUUUGGUUUUUUUUCUUUCCAGAUGAGUAAUGUCGAAGCUGGUGGCGGUACGGUGUUUACACAAGUUGGCACAACUUUAUUUCCCAGCCAGGUCAGGGAAAUGUUGAUAGUCUAAACUGUUACGAAAGAUGGAGAGAGAUGUAUUUUGAAGUUGUCGUGUGCGCGAGUUUUUUUGUAUUGAAAGGCCCAGCAAACGCACACAACAUUUCAACGCAACAUCUUACAACACUGUUAGAUCGUGUUGUGAGAAGUUGUGAAGGGGCUGGCCAAACGCGUGUAACAUGUUGCAACAUCCAAAAAUGUUGCAACAAAAAUUUGACCAUAUUCAAACUUGAUCCAAUACCAUCCAACCUUGUUGCAACAUGUUGUUACAGGGAGGCCAAGAGUAUGCCGUACGUUGCGCGCAACAAUGUUGCAGAAUGUUGUGUUGAAAUGUUGCGUGCGUUGGCUGGGCCUUUAUACGGAUACGUUUGCAACCUGAAGUUAAAUCCUUUGCAUUCUCCUUCUCCGCCAUUACUUCAGGGGGAAGGGGGGUGGGAGUUAUUCCGGUUUUCAUAGCAUCUAGCGACUUGGUAGUAUUUCUGUUGGUCCCGCACUCGAUGCUGACCCAGCGCAGGUGUGCACCUCGCCCACCCCUACAUAUUUGUCAUAUUUUUUAAAAAUAAUUUUAGAUUUUUUAAAAUCUUUUUAUAAGUUUCUAACCUCGCAGUAAAUGCUCUCUUCUAAAUUUCACCAACAGGGAGACGCUGCUUUCUGGUGGAACUUGAAGCGCAGUGGAGAUGGAGAUGACAGCACAAGACAUGCUGGCUGUCCAGUAUUGGUUGGCAGUAAAUGGGGUGAGAGGCAAUAUUCUAAGUAAAUGUUACAUCGCACAAAGAUGUAGUAUUGAAUAUAAUUAUGUCAGGAGAGCGCUUUUUGAUUGUGUGUCGUAACACUGUAGUUAUUGGAAAUGCAACAGCCAAUCAUAAUCAAGGUAAAUACGACAAGGAACCAACGAGCGUUGCUGAAAAAUAAGACUGACUUAAGUGCGGGAAAGUGCAAGUUACUAAAUCAUGAUAGCUGCUAGUGUUGUGUGUGUUUGGUUUUGAGUACCAUUGCUUACCAAACAUCGCAGUGCUUACGAGUUACUCGAUUUUGCGCACGAAAAGGAAUGGUUUAUGAUUUGACGAAAUUUAAUCCAAGUUUUUUACCAAAACUUAAGUAUUGCCAUGAAAUAACUGUCGUAUCUUUACCUUUCAGUGGCAAACAAGUGGAUCCAUGAGCGAGGUCAGGAAUUCCGACGACGUUGUGCUCUGUCCCGACAUGAAUGACACUGCUGACUGGAGCAGCGGGCUCAGAAUAGCUGCUUAAAUUAACCAAAUAGAAGUUACUAAUAUUGAUAUAGAUUUUAUAUACAUUUAUUCUUCAUAUAAAAACGCCAGCGCCAGUGAUACUAACGCUUCGACUUUCCAUGCCCCUUAAUGUCACUAA